AUGUCAACAGUCGAAUUGGUAGGUCAAGUGAAACCGACAUCACCUGUAUACCUCUAUCGUGCAUCCUUGUUGCCUCCAUUAUAUCCAGCCUAUGCCCUCGCGUCCAGAAUGGCUCAAAUCAUUAGAUGGGCCACAAACGCACUUCGAAAGCCUCCAUCCCCUCCCAUGAUCUUUCCCAGGGGUGGGUACAAGACUAUUCCGCCCUCGCAUGUACUUGAAGAAGAACGAUUUGAGCAUUUCAGAAAAUAUUAUCCUGCCCAUAUCGGCGAAGUGCUUAAUUCCAGAUACCAAAUUGUCGGUAAACUUGGGUUUGGGACAACUUCGACCGUAUGGCUAGCCCGCGAUCUCGAAGGCCACCAAUAUGUUUCACUCAAGCUUUACACUCGUGAUGAAGAUAAUCAAGAAGAGUUUCAGAUCUAUAAGCAGCUGAGCCAAGGGAGUUCAUGGCACCCCGGCCAUAGUCAUGUCAGGAAAGCACUUGAUGUCUUCACAGUCUCCUCUUUAAAGGGUAGCCAUGCGUGUCUUGUUCAAAUACCUACUUGGGAAAGCUUCGGGGAUCUCCUUUAUCGUAACCCCAGUCAUCGAUUUACUGAAGAUCUUUUAGAAGCUGGUCUUAUGCAAAUACUUCUUGCGCUUGACUAUCUGCAUACUGAAUGCAAGCUUGUCCAUACAGAAAUCGAAGAUGAGUCCAUCCUCGAAAACUUCACCCAAGCUGAAUUGAACAACCCUUCACCCCGCAAAAUCAUUGAUGGUUUACCAAUCUACGCGUCGCGAUCUUUCGACUUGCCGAAAGUAUUUGGCCGAGCAGUUUUGAGUGAUUUUGGAUCUGCUGUACAAGGAGAGGAAAGAAGAGACCACGAUGCACAGCCGAAUAUUUACCGAUCGCCGGAAGUGAUGCUGAAGACUGAUUGGAGCUACCCGGUUGAUAUAUGGAAUGUUGGUGCUAUGGUGUGGGAUUUAUUUGAGGGGAGACGUCUUUUCUAUGGGAAUGACCCAGAUGGGAAAGGUUAUUCGACCCGGGCGCAUCUUGCAGAAGUUAUGGGGGUUCUAGGGCCGCCUCCCUUAGAUCUGCUGCAACGUGGGAAACGAAGCCAUGAAUUUUUUACAAGCGAUGGGAAAUGGAAACAAAACAUACAAAUCCCGACGGGGGCUGGUCUGGAGCUGACGGAAAACAUACUCGACGGAAAAAACAAGGAGAUGUUUAUGGCUUUCAUGAGAGGGAUGCUUCGGUGGCGACCUGAGGAUAGGAAGACAGCGAAGGAGCUACUUCAGGAUCCAUGGCUGAAUGAUUAG